GCCCUCCCUUCCCCCCGACCAUAAUGUCCACCUCCGCCUCCAGUGAUACCCUUCAACAGGGCCAGCCGAUCGACCAGAACGCUGCCACGGCCCCGGUGUCGCCUUCCUUCUCGGCCGACGUAUCGCCCUCCCCCUCGGCCGACGUGUCGCCCUCCCUGACCCCGGAGAUGUGCGGCUCCUCGGUGUCCACUUCGCCGGUGACCUCCUUCGCCUCGGAGGCCAUGGUUUUCGUCAAUCCGGACACCUCGCGCGAGCCAGCCGUCCCCCUCCCCCCGGCUCUGUCCAACAUCGGCACCCCCUUCGAUGCAUCGGCUGGCCGGCCCAAGGACAUCGGCAUCCUGGCCAUGGAGGUGUACUUCCCCCAGAGCUUCGUCGAGCAGUCCGACCUCGAGGAGUUCGAUAAUGUCAGCUCCGGCAAGUACACCAUCGGCCUUGGGCAGUCGCGCAUGGCCGUGGUCGACGACAAUGAGGAUAUCAACUCCAUCUGCCUGACGGCGGUCAGCCGGCUGAUGAUGCGCACUCGACUCCCCUACAGCGCCAUCGGCCGCCUGGAGGUCGGUACCGAGACCAUCAUCGACAAGAGCAAGGCCACCAAGACCGUCCUGAUGCAGCUCUUUGCCAACAGCGGCAACACCGACGUCGAGGGCAUCGACACCACCAAUGCCUGCUACGGCGGCACGGCGGCCCUCUUCAACACCGUUGCCUGGAUGGAGGGGUCCUCCUGGUGCGGGCGUUAUGGCAUCGUGGUCGCCGCCGACAUCGCCGUCUACGGGACCAAGGCCGCCCGGCCGACCGGCGGCUGUGCUGCCAUCGCCAUGCUUGUCGGGCCCAAUGCCCCCGUCUACCUGGAGCCCGGCCUCCGCUCUUCGCACUUCGAGCACGUCUACGAUUUCUACAAGCCGGACUUCUCCUCCGAGUACCCGGCCGUUGAUGGGCGCCUGUCGGCCACCUGCUUCACCCGCGCCCUGGACACCUGCUACCGGCGCCUGCAGGAGCGCGGGGCCGCCCUCCGGCCGAAUGAGACCCCCGUCGACACCGGGUCCCUGGACUAUCUGGUCUUCCACUCGCCCUACCUGAAGCUGGUGCGCAAGUCCGUCAGCCGGCUGGCCUAUCUGGACUAUGUGGCCGCGGCGGCCAAGAGCCCGGAGCUGGCGGCCACCCGCUUCCCGCAGGUGUCGGCCGAGCUGCAGCAGCUCGUGGCCGAGAGCACCCCCGAGACCAAUCGCGAUUGCGCGGCCCUGGAGGCCGGCUUCCGCAAGGUCAGCUCUGGCCUCUGGUCCGACAAGGUGUCCCCGGCCACCCUGAUUGCCAAGAACGUCGGCAACAGCUACACCGCCUCGGCGUAUGCUUCCCUGGCCAGUGUCCUGGCCAGCGAGCCGCUUGACAAGCUGGCCGGCGCCCGGCUCAUGGUCUUCUCCUAUGGCAGUGGUCUGGCCUCGUCGAUGUUCUGCCUGCGUGUGCGCGGCCCCGCCAUCCCCGUCGGCCUGGAGGAUCUGGCCGCGCGUCUCAAUGCCCGGACCGCCGUCUCUCCCCAGCACUUCACUGAUGCCCUGUCUCGGCGGGAGGCCGCCCAUGGGGCUGCCUCCUUCUCUCCGGUUGCCUCGCACCAGGAUACCAUCGCCCCGAGCACCUUCUUCCUGUCUCACAUCAACGACCGCCACCACCGGGCGUACGCUUACAAGCGGGCUGACGGCACCGUCGUUCCGUCGGUUGCGUCCUCCUAAUCGCGUGGAGGCCAUCGAUCUCGCGCGUGCGUGUCGGUGUUAACGUGUGUGUGUGUGUGUGUCUCUCUGUCGGCAUGUGACUCUUCUCCCCCUUCGUCUCUUUCUCUUCCUCCUUCCCCUCCUCUCGGUGGUAGUGGCGUGUGGGUCUGGAUCUGGGUCCAUGCGCGGGCGCCUUUCCCGCCCGUGUCUCUCCCUCUCUCUUCCCCCUCUCCCUCUUCACUGCAGACAUCCGCGGCGCGAGCAUCCAGCUUGCCGCUCCCCUCUCUCUCUCUCUCUCCCUC